UUGCUCGCAAAACGCCCCCACGCCCCACACGCCGCCGCCGCCGGCGACCGUUGCGAGGGAGCGGAAGGAAACCGCCACGCCACGCCACCGUCCCGGCGCCUGCCUCUCCGAUCUCGAACGCGAUCCGUCUCCUCCCUGCGGGGGCCGCUCGGGAGUCGUCCUACCUAGGAGCUCCCCGUGUCAGAUCCGGGCGGGGGCGGGGCGGCCCAUGGUGGUGGCUCUGGCGCCGUUGGUACGCGAGAUCUAGGGUUGUCGAGCGCCGCGGGGGUGGGAGGCGGAAGGAUGGGCCGCCGGAAGAUGUCCGCGGCGGCGCCGCCGUCCCGGAGCUGGUCCAACGUCGGCGGGAGCGUCAUCCCCGAACUCCGAGCAAAACACAAAAUGGACUUGGAAAAUUUAACGCUGACAAAACAACCACUCAGAACAUUACAUCUUUUCCUGUUAGCCAUGUUACAAUACUUGAAAAGAGUAGCAAAAUAUAUCCUGAGUAAGGGUGGCUUGUUCUUUCUCUUAAUUGUUUUGGUGGUAGCUCCUGGAAUCUUACUCGCUAUUUCAGACGGCGUGCAUAAGAAGCAUGUGCAGGAGUUCCUUAAUUAUGCUAAAUUUGUGUUGUGGUGGGUUUCAUUAGGUGUGGCUUCGUCAAUUGGACUAGGUUCUGGUUUGCAUACGUUUGUGCUCUAUCUAGGUCCUCAUAUUGCUCUGUUCACUAUUAAAGCUGUUCAGUGUGGUCGAAUUGAUUUGAAAAUGGCUCCAUAUGAUACCAUACAGCUUAAGGUUGGGCCGUCAUGGCUUGACAAGAAAUGUUCAGAAUUUGGACCGCCUGUGUAUCCAGCAUCAGCUCAUUCUGUUAGGAUCCCAGUCUUUGACUUACUACCUCAGAUACAACUGGAAGCAGUUCUUUGGGGCAUCGGGACUGCACUUGGCGAGCUUCCCCCUUAUUUUAUAUCACGAGCAGCUCGCUUGUCAGGAAGCAAAUCAAAAGCUGUUAAGGAGCUUGAUGUCGCUACUUCCAAACAAGAUGGGACAGUAGCCUCCACUCUUAAUCGUACCAAGCGUUGGCUUCUUUCUCACUCUCAACAUCUCAACUUCUUCUCUAUCUUGAUACUUGCUUCGGUUCCGAACCCACUCUUUGACCUUGCUGGUAUUAUGUGUGGCCAAUUUGGUGUACCUUUCUGGGAGUUCUUUUUUGCAACUUUGAUUGGGAAGGCCAUCAUCAAGACUCAUAUUCAGACACUGUUUAUUGUGUCCUUGUGCAACAACCAGCUCCUGUACCUUAUGGAAAAGGAGUUAAUCUGGAUAUUUGGUCACAUUCCUGGGUUUUCUGCUACCCUGCCAUCUGUGAUUGCCAAACUCAAUGCUGCCAAGGACAAGUAUCUAUCACCACCAACACCAGUCUCACCGUCCUCACAAAUGGAGGAGAAACAGUGGAAUUUCUCUUUUACAUUGGUUUGGAACUCUAUAGUGUGGCUUGUGCUUCUGAACUUCUUCAUUAAGAUAAUCACGUCAACAGCUCAGGAUUAUCUCAAAAAGCAGCAGGAUAUGGAGAUGGAACUGAUUUCUGAUUCCCCGACCCUGGAACAAAACUGACUACUGGUGCAACUAGUGGUGUUUAUUUCAGCUGCUAGCUGCAAAAGAUUCUCCUCUGUAGCCUUAACAACUGGCUAAGCCCCUGCAGAUGAUUCCAAGUUCCAACAAUUAUCAAUUAGUACUAGUAGUUAUUCAUCUGUACAGUCAAGGAAAACAUGGGCUUGGUAACUGGCCGGGUGAUGGCUGUGAGCCUGUGCUGGCAGUUCAUGGAGGAGAAUCAUUCUAUUCUUUUUUCGGACAUCUACACGGAUAGACAGUAGGGAUUGUUUAUGAAUCACGGUUGGCUUUUUGCCAAGAUUUAGCGCCCAUAGCUGUUUCUAUUUAUUUUGGAAUUGCUAUAGAAACAUGUAAGGAUUCAUUCAACAAUGAUACGCUCUGUUGUCAAGUUUACUGUGUAUUUGGUUUGCAAUUUGUGCCCGGAAAGAGCAAACUAUAGUUCAUCUAUUUCCUUUUGGCAAAUAAAGCCUCCUAUAGAACA